UUGGUAUACACAUUUAGAGAAUAAUUAAAGUUGUAAUUAAAAUCAGACACCUCAGACCCAACAUAAAAUUAAUUCAAUUUAAUCCCACAACAAAUAUUCAACCUCUUAUCUUUACGCCCAGACUUGCUACCACGCGCUGUAACCGUUUCCUUUUUGGUUGCACUUUCUUCUUUAGUCUCCGUGAAAUCUCUCUGAAGGCGACGGAGAUAGACAGAGACCGAGAGAGAUUAUGAGUCACCGGUUUAGUCACCGGUUAAAAUACCGGUUACUCCUCCUUCUUAUAGCUUUCGAAACGGCAGGGCGUUUGACUUCGGCUGAUCCAAACGACGAGGCGUGUUUAAAGAAUCUCCGACAAAACAUAGAAGAUCCAGCGAGUAAUCUCCGGAACUGGACGAACUCCGUCUUCUCCAACCCUUGUUCCGGCUUCACCUCGUAUCUCCCUGGUGCUACUUGUAACAACGGUCGAAUCUACAAGCUCUCUCUCACUAACCUCUCCCUUCGUGGCUCUAUCUCUCCGUUUCUCUCCAACUGCACCAACCUCCAGUCCUUGGACCUAUCCUCCAACCAAAUCUCCGGCGAUAUACCGCCGGAGAUUCAGUUUCUCGUCAACCUCGCCGUACUCAACCUCUCGUCAAACCGUCUCUCCGGCGAAAUCCCUCCGCAGAUGGCUCUAUGCGCGUACCUAAACGUCAUCGACCUCCACGAUAACCAGCUCUCCGGCCCGAUCCCUCAGCAGCUAGGACUCCUGGCGAGGCUGUCGGCGUUCGACGUGUCCAACAACAAACUCUCCGGUCAGAUUCCGACGUACUUGUCGAACAGGACGGGGACUUUUCCGAGGUUUAACGCGAGCUCGUUCGUGGGGAACAGAGGGUUGUAUGGUUAUCCGUUGCAGGAGAUGGGGAAGAGCAAGGGGCUAUCGGUGAUGGCGAUCGUCGGGAUAGGGCUUGGAAGUGGAGUGGCGAGCUUGAUGAUUAGUUUCACAGGUGUUUGUAUUUGGUUGAGGAUCACUGAGAAGAAGAUGGCUGAGGAAGAAGGCAAGAUUAGUCAGUCGAUGCCUGAUUAUUAAAAUUUUAAAAUUAAGGAUUUUGCUUCGUUAAAUCUUUUAGAUAAUUAGUUAACUACGGCUGUUUAUGAGACAAGAAGAAGAAUGACUCAAGGUUCUUGGUUCGUGUGAGCUUUUGGUCUAUUCAGUUUUUGGGAUUAAAAAUAAUUAGAACUGCUUUUUUCAUAUUAUUAUCUCUUUGUAUUUCACUUCUUUUCUAAGGAUUGAGAAUAUUCUG